UGUCUCCUUCAAAUAGGUCCGUGUAAACUCUCGCUCGGGUGGAUAUAUAUAUAUAUAAAUAUAUAAAAAAAGAUAAACAUAUGGACCGAGUGGGAGGGAGAGGGCGGAGACUCGGCGAGCACACACGAACGGGUGGAGGGAGGGCGGGCGGAGGCAGGGACAGGCAGGAGCUCAGGCUCUCUCUGGGCGGAAUGUAGCAGCGGCGGCGGCGGAUCCUUUCAGCUGGACCAGAAAGAGUGGAGACGCGCCGUGGACGAGGAAUAAAAGCUCAGUGAUUUUAUCCAGGCGCGCGGGAGGAUGAGACGAGCGCCGUCCGUUUGAGGAAACUUCAAAGCACGCCGUCGUUACGUUUGAUUAACACCGAUUUUUUUUUUUUUUUGCGAAGAUGGCGAACGAUUCUCCGGCGAAAAGUCUGGUGGAUAUAGACCUGGCAUCCCUGCGGGAUCCAGCUGGGAUUUUCGAGUUGGUGGAAGUGGUUGGAAAUGGCACCUAUGGGCAAGUCUACAAGGGUCGACAUGUUAAGACGGGACAACUGGCAGCCAUCAAGGUCAUGGACGUCACAGAGGAUGAAGAGGAAGAAAUAAAGCUGGAAAUCAACAUGCUGAAGAAAUACUCUCACCAUAGAAACAUAGCUACAUACUAUGGAGCUUUCAUUAAGAAAAGUCCACCGGGCCAUGAUGAUCAACUCUGGCUGGUGAUGGAGUUCUGUGGUGCUGGUUCCAUCACAGAUCUAGUCAAGAACACCAAAGGUAACUCGCUGAAGGAGGACUGGAUCGCCUACAUCUCCAGAGAAAUCCUCAGGGGAUUAGCUCACCUGCAUGCUCAUCAUGUCAUCCACCGAGACAUCAAGGGACAAAACGUGCUGCUGACGGAAAACGCUGAAGUCAAACUUGUGGAUUUUGGCGUGAGCGCUCAACUGGAUCGGACGGUGGGUCGGAGGAACACCUUCAUUGGGACUCCGUACUGGAUGGCUCCAGAGGUCAUUGCUUGUGACGAAAACCCAGACGCCACCUAUGACUACAGGAGCGACCUGUGGUCUUGUGGAAUCACUGCCAUAGAGAUGGCUGAAGGAGCUCCUCCUCUGUGUGACAUGCACCCAAUGAGAGCCCUCUUCCUCAUUCCCAGAAACCCUCCCCCUCGGCUCAAGUCCAAAAAAUGGUCCAAAAAGUUUUUUAGCUUCAUUGAGGGUUGCUUGGUAAAGAACUACACUCAGCGUCCCCCAACUGAGCAGCUGCUGAAACACCCGUUCAUCCGAGACCAACCCAACGAGAGACAAGUCCGCAUCCAGCUCAAAGACCACAUCGACAGAACCAAGAAGAAGAGGGGGGAAAAAGAUGAGACUGAGUAUGAGUAUAGCGGUAGUGAAGAGGAGGAGGAAGAAUCAUCUGAGCAAGAAGGAGAGCCAAGUUCCAUAGUCAACGUUCCAGGCGAAUCGACCUUGCGCCGGGACUUCAUCCGACUGCAGCAGGAGAACAAGGAGCGCUCGGAGGCUCUGCGCCGCCAACAGCUCCUGCAGGAGCAGCAGCUCCGAGAACAGGAGGAGUACAAGCGACAACUGCUGGCUGAACGACAGAAACGCAUUGAGCAGCAGAAGGAGCAGAGGAGGCGUCUGGAGGAGCAACAACGGCGUGAGCGUGAGAUGAGGAGGCAGCAGGAGCGCGAGCAACGCCGACGCGAGCAGGAGGAGAAGAGGCGCAUCGAAGAGAUGGAAAGGCGCCGCAAGGAGGAGGAGGAGCGCAGGAGGGCCGAGGAGGAGAAGAGGAGGGCUGACCGAGAGCAGGAAUACAUUCGGCGCCAAUUGGAGGAGGAGCAGAGGCACCUAGAGAUCCUUCAACAGCAGCUUCUCCAUGAACAGGCCAUGCUGCUGGAGUAUAAAUGGCGGGAGCUUGAGGAGCAGCGUCAAGCCCAGAAGCUCCAGCGACAGCUGCAACAGGAACAGGCCUACCUGCUGUCCCUACAGCAAAACCAGAACCUGGAUAAUUCCAAAACCGCUCAGCAACAAAUUACCAAACAAGUGCAGAGCAUUGAACCAGACAGGGUAAAGUCAGGGAAAACCCCCGACUUGGAUGUCUCCAAACAGAGCUCUAACUCUGAGAAGGCACGGCACAGUCCGGUCGUCAUUCUGGACAAAGCUUCAAAACCAGAGCUACGUGUGGCUGACCUCCAAGGCCCCGCCCCUGACUUUGAGCCAGUCAGAGAGGCGGACGAGCGAUAUCGGAAGAACGUCCAGGGUUCUCCUCAGUCUGCUCAGACCAAACCCCAGCAGCCUCCUGUGCCACCGCGCUCAGAGUCAUACGCCGACCCCACCUCUGAAACGACGGCCAUGCACCGACCUGUGGAACCACAGGUUCCUGUCAGAACCACAUCAAGGUCCCCUGUGUUGUCAAGGAGAGACUCGCCUCAUCACCAUGGCAACGCCUCACACAGGGAUGCAGUGAACAGAAACACUGUCAGCUCAGCAGAGCCUCGGCUGCUGUGGGAACGAGUGGAAAAACUGGUUCCCAGAACAACGGGCAAUAGUGGCAGCGGAGGCUCCAGUUCCUCCAGCAGCUCCAGUAACUCCAGUUCUAAGCCCGGUUCUCACUGCGGCUCUGGAGAGAGGUUCAGGGCCCGCUCCUCUUCAAAAUCUGAAAGUUCACCCCUUCAGAGACCUGAGAAUGCUGGGAAAAAACCAGAGGAGAGAAGAGAUUUGGUCAAGCCGAACAAACCAGCGGACCUGACUGCUCUGGCCAAAGAGCUGCGUGCAGUGGAUGACGUUCGUCCACCGAACAAGGUAGCGGAGUAUUCAUCCUCCAGCGAGGAUUCGGACACUACAGAUGAGGAUGACGAUGAAGAGGUAGACCAAGAAGCGGGUGAAGAGUCGACCUCUGGCCCUGAAGACUCCAAAGCUGUGUCAUCCAAGCUGAGCAAUGGAGAAACAGAGUCGGUGAAGACCAUGAUAGUUCAUGAUGAGGGGGAGAGUGAUGCCGGCUCAACUCCAUGCAAAGACAGCACGCUCAUUGUCAGACAGAGUGAGAACAGAAAGCACACGCCCCCGGGCCAAACACAGACCCUCCUCUCAGGUUUCACGCCAAGCCCUGGCUCGGCGUCGGGGCAGGGCUUUUUACAGCACACCCCCAGCCCACAGCAUCACCACCAUCACCCCCACCACCACCACCCCCAUCACGUCCACCACCAUCACCCCACACAGCACUCGGACAGGAACGGCUUUGCCGGCCGCAUCCACCACCUUCCAGACUUGAUCCAGCAGAGCCAUCAUUCCCCCCCAAUGUCCUCCGCAUCCAACUCCCCGUCCUCCUCCGGCCUUGCCAGUCCCUCCUCCAUGUCCCCACAGAGUCCCCUGGAAAAGCUUGGCAUCCUCAUCGAGAGCCAGUCCAGUAACAACAUGCAGAAACACAAGUCCUCUUCGUCCUUCACUCCAUUCAUUGACCCACGCCUCCUUCAAGUCUCUCCAUCAACCGGCAGUGCCCUCAACAACGUCGGCUACAGCAACGAUGCGCGUCUGGCGGAGGCGCUGAGAGCAGACCCGUCACGGAAAGGCUCGGUGGUCAACGUCAACCCGGUCAACACUCGUCCUCAGAGUGACACUCCGGAGAUCCGCAAAUACAAGAAGAGGUUCAACUCUGAGAUCCUGUGUGCAGCUCUCUGGGGAGUAAACCUGCUGGUGGGAACAGAAAGCGGUCUGAUGCUGUUGGACCGCAGCGGUCAGGGGAAAGUUUACCCCCUGAUCAACAGACGACGUUUCCAGCAGAUGGACGUCCUGGAGGGGCUCAACGUUCUGGUCACUAUAUCAGGUAAAAAGAACAAGCUGCGGGUCUACUACCUGUCCUGGCUGAGGAACAAGAUUCUGCACAAUGACCCAGAGGUGGAGAAGAAGCAGGGCUGGACCACCGUAGGAGAUCUGGAGGGCUGUGUCCACUACAAAGUUGUGAAAUACGAGAGGAUCAAGUUUUUGGUUCUAGCUCUGAAGAAUUCAGUAGAAGUUUAUGCUUGGGCCCCCAAGCCCUACCACAAGUUCAUGGCCUUUAAGUCUUUUGGUGACCUGGUCCACAAACCACUGCUGGUAGACCUGACUGUGGAGGAAGGCCAGAGGUUAAAGGUCAUCUACGGCUCCUGCUCAGGGUUUCACGCCGUGGAUGUGGACUCUGGGGCGGUCUAUGACAUUUACCUGCCCACACAUAUACAGACCAGUAUCCAGUCGCACGCCAUCAUCAUCCUGCCCAACACGGAUGGCAUUGAACUGCUGGUGUGCUACGAGGACGAGGGCGUUUACGUCAACACCUACGGCCGCAUCACCAAGGAUGUGGUGCUGCAGUGGGGGGAGAUGCCCACCUCAGUGGCUUACAUUCGCUCCAAUCAGAUCAUGGGGUGGGGGGAGAAGGCCAUCGAGAUCCGCUCCGUGGAAACGGGCCAUUUGGACGGAGUUUUCAUGCACAAGAGAGCUCAGAGACUCAAGUUCCUAUGUGAAAGAAACGACAAGGUGUUCUUUGCAUCCGUUCGGUCUGGAGGCUCCAGCCAGGUCUACUUUAUGACUUUGGGUCGAAGCAACCUGCUCAGCUGGUAGAGGUCCACACCCUGCUCUCCUCUUCCACCUCCUCCUUCCUCCUCCUCCUCUUCCUCCACCCUCGCUAACACUGGAUCUCCGAACCCGCCACUGAUGACUUUAGGUCCACCAGAAGAGAACAACCCUACGAAGCAAUCGAUAACCAGGACGUUGGGCUCUGAGCCCGGCAGCUGGCAAAGUGAGGACUUGCUUACAAAAUGUAACGAGCGGUUAGACGAAUAAAAGAAGUAGACGCGACUGAAAUGUGAAUUCACGAAAAAUCGAGGUGUGCAGCUUCUGUUUUCCUCGGUUUUCUUGGUGCUCUUCAGCAUGCCAUGGGAUACAGUCUGUAUCUCCUCCAUUUCCACCUGCUGGGCCGAUCAGUCAGACUUCGACACUGCUGUAGUCCAGCUAAGGCCUCUUUUGUGAGGAGGUUCCUCUGUACCCGCUUUGCUGAUCUUUCUUACAGAUCCUAGAAGGUUUCAGCGAGUUCAAACAUAAAAGCCGCUGCUGCACGUUGUUGACAGGAACUGCAGGUUAAAGUCCGAUGAACGGGACACAGAUAAGUGUGGUUGAAGCCAGGAGACGCUUUAAUAACAGCAUGACACAAAGAGGAAGACAUAAAGAGGCAGACUGAUUUCAGAAUAGUAUUUUUUCGUUUUGACUCAUUAAUUAUUCCUUGAAGAUAAGUGUGACUAUGUGGAGUUUAAAAAAAAAUAAAUAAAAAAAAUCCUGCAUUUUAUCUCCUGAUUUGAACAUGUAUGCACAAGCACCCACAGUCCACGUUUUGCUUGCUCUUACUCUGGAACCACCAACAUGUGAAGUGAUGAAAGUGCUGUGGGCGUGAUCAUGAAAAGAAAAAAAAACAAGCUGUUUUUAUGUACAGUAAAAAUCAAAGCUUUCGUCAAAGUUCUCCCCCUGACCUGUAAAUCAUGACUGGAGAACUGCUGUGAAUAGUGAAAGAGAGCGUAGAGAAAGAGAGCUCGAGUUUUCUGGCAGGUUUGUUUGGCUGCAGGAGGUGGACUUCAAUCUUCCAUUUCAUAUUUUUUGGCUCACUUCACCAUUUUUUUUAAAUUUUAUUUUAUUUUUAUUGUUUGUAUGUAUUCAAUGCACUAAGUGUCAAGAAUGUAGAAAGACUCCUUACUGUGUGGUGGUCCAAGGCAUGAGAUGUUUUUUGCUUUGUAAUCUUGUCACAUGUGAUCAAUCCUAGAUGUUCAAGUUAAGACGAUUAAACAGCAGAACCUCUUUAUCAGGUGUAGAUAUUUUUUUUUAUUUUUUUGCAGACUUUUAUUUUAUUUUUCCUAAAGUUGUGGCAGUCCCUACUGUUUAAGAGCUGACCUGCCCGCCUGCCUCCACACAGCAGACGCACGCGCUUUAACAUGACGUGAUAAUUGAACCCUCUGGAAUUCGGUGCAACACUGAGGACACACUUUAGUGGAAAAACCCCUAAAACACAUUUUUGUAUUAUUAUUAUUAUUUUUUUUUCUUUAGUUUGUCGUCACUCCAUGCUUUUCUGCUGCUCUACUAUUUGAAAAACUGAGCUCCACUGGCAGAGCUGACCUCACUGAGCUGGGCUUUCCUCCGUUUCUGUAAACACUCAAAUAUUGCACACUCAAAAAGGGGGCCACUUUGUGCUCUGACUUCAUGUCCAAUUCCACCCGAUAACAGCACACAAACGUAAAACUAUGUUUAGUCCUUCUUAAACUCCAACAGGAAAAUUAAAAAAAAUCUAGUUUUCCGUAGCGAUAAUCCAAUCCAGGAUGAGUUUAAAAGUGAAAUCCAGUGAGAAAAGAAAAGCAGCCUCUUGUUGAUCUGAAUCAAAACUAAAAUGUAAUUUAUUAUUAAAACCACUAAAUUCUUGUCGAAAAAAAAUCACUUGAAGCAUUGUGUAUUCAGUUUUAGAUCUAGUCGAGAAGCUUAUGUUGUUUCUGUAGGUGUAUGUAACAUGUAAAACGCGACUGCAGUGACUUAAUAUUAUUAUGCUCACCUUAGGUGGAGAAAAUGUUUACAGAGGCAAUUUUUCUUUUUUUUUGUUACAAUAAUGUGCAUCACAGUAUUUAUGUUUAAUGCAUCUUUAUUAAUGAAUUCUGUUUCUGCUUUUUGAGCCUGGUUUUUAUUGGAUAUAUAAAUAUAAAUAUAUAUAUAUAUAUAUAUUAAAAAUAAAUCCAUUUUGUCAUCUCUCCCCUCACGGAUUAACCAAUUUACAGAACAUUAAAGGACAUGUGUUGUUCAUUUCAGGUAUUCACAAUGUGCUGCUUUACCGUUGCAACAUUGCAGUAAUGUUCUUUGCAGGCUUGGAUGUGAGGCGACGUGUUUCUCCUCUGUUUCUGCCAUGCUUCUCUAACUUGUGUCCUCUCUCUGUGUAUGACAGGAAGUCAUGUAUUUUAUUGAUUUUUUUUUCUUUGAAUAAACUUUAAAAAUAAUUGUAAAACCAAAAAAAAAGGA